AAGAAGAAGCAGCAGCAGCAGCAGCAGCAGCAGCAUGGAGCAGACUGUUGACAAGCUUGAGAGUAUGUUCUUGAAGUCAGAGGCAGACCUGGAGUACAUUGAAAGGCGGCUGAAGCUGGAUUUCAUCAACGAUGCUUCAGAGAGAGGAAGCUUUGCUAAGGAAAAUGUGACGGGGAUCCUGGAAAAUUUGAAGUCCAUCAAGGCCAAACACUCUUUUCUCAGGUGUCAGGUCAGCCAGAUCACAGAUGCUCAGAAAGGGUCCAUGGAGUUGAUCAGAAACAGACUCGGCACAGCCAUGGAGCUGAUCAAACAUUGCCAGCAAGCUUCUCAUUUGGAGGUUGAAUCACUGGCAGAGUCAGAGCAGGAGUCAGCCAUGUUCCUGGAUUCAAUCACAGCUGAACUUAAGAGAAGUUAGUCACGCGGAAUCCAGUUAAACAAGAAUCUACACUGCCAAGUGAAACGGAAGCCACGGAGAAGUGAAAAGUUUCAGCUGGAGUGAAUCGGAGAGCAGUAACCUCAACAUGAACUAUUAAUUAUAUUGGCUUAUGAUCUAUAUGCAUAUUAAAAGUUGAAUUAAAGUA